AUGUCUCUAUCGCCGGACUCUUCCUCCGCCGCCGCUGACUUACUCUGCCGCGAACACGCCACCGAGGUCACCUCGGACCACCAUCUUCCGCCCCCGGAUUCCGAUGAGGGCCCCAUCGCUGGCCUCUUCGACGCCGAGGCCCACCACAUGCCAGAGAAGGACUACCUCAGCCGCUGCCGCGACCGCUCCGUCGACGUCACCGCGCGCCUCGACGCCGUGAACUGGAUCUUGAAGGUCCACGCAUUCUACCAGUUUUCUCCGGUGACGGCGUUUCUCUCCGUCAACUAUCUCGACCGUUUCCUCUCUCUAUGUUCUCUUCCGCAAUCGAGUGGGUGGCCGUUUCAGCUGCUAUCAGUGGCAUGUUUGUCCCUCGCUGCUAAAAUGGAAGAGUCUCAUGUGCCGUUCUUACUGGACCUGCAAUUGUUCCAGCCCAAAUUCGUGUUUGAGCCCAAAACGAUUCAGAGAAUGGAGCUCUGGGUCAUGUCCAAUCUCAAAUGGAGACUUCGCUCCGUCACGCCCUUCGAUUAUCUUCACUAUUUUAUCUCUAAGCUCCCUUCUUCCUCUUCCUCCGAAUCCACUAAUCACUUUUUCUCCACCGCCUCCAGUCUCAUUCUCAGCACCACCCGUGGUAACCUUCUUCUACUCCAAACGACUACGUCGUUUUCAGAUGUGUUUAUCUCACAUCGUUUCGAUUGUGCAGUGAUCAACUUCUUGGGAUUCGCGCCCUCCACCGUGUCAGCCGCCGCCGUGCUUUGCUCGGCCGGCCGUGACAUUGCUUCGGCCAACGGUCAAUUGCCGCUGAGUUUUCAUGACAGAGUAAACAAGGAAAUGGUGAGACGCUGUCACCAACUAAUGGAGGAGUACGUGGUGGACACGUGUUCCGCAUCUAGCUCCAUCAUCAAAGCGAGAGUAGCCGAGCCGCCGCCACCUUCCAGCCCCGUCGGCGUGCUCGACGCUGCCACCUGUGGCAGCUGCGACACACCAUCCGAGAGAAAUUUCCCCGGCGCAACUGAGGAACACCAACAAGAAGCCGAGCCGCCAAAUAAACGGCCUCGAUCCUCUGCUCCGGAUCCGCCGCAGCGGGAGAAAGAGGUUGAUUACUUUCUGGCAUUGGGCUUGAAGGGACAUGGUAGAAAUUUGGUAAAUGGAAUUGGCGUGGUUGGGCCUAAUGGGCCAGCGGGGCUGAGCCACGUAUCCGACAAGUGGGUCCAUGGUUGGAUCUUGAAUCUUGAGGGAUAUUACGGUAAAUUGGUGUUGGGAAAGAAGCGUACAAUGUAG